CACUCGCAGACGUUUCACCCGGAGGACCACUGAGCUCAUUGUUCACGUGCUCCUUGCACUGAAUCAACAAAUUCCUCAGCAUUCCUCCAUUUUUUCAAAUAAUAAAAUUGAAAAAUCAAGCUAGUGAAUUGACAAUGAGUUAUCAUCAUGAGAGAUUACUUUGAAAAAUUCGAAUCUGUAUUAAACGAGCAAAAUGCAUCCACGGAAAUAUGAUACGGCCGGUGGUGAUGAUUCUGCUGAUUGCACAGAGGGUGACCAGCGAUGGAGGCAGGGUGAGAGGACUUGUAAAGUCAUGGGCACCAUUAGUCUGGCUAGCACCUGGGGAAAGAUUCAUGCCCCUUGGAGUACCGGAGUUCCUCGAGCACGUGCAAGCCGGUGACAAUUACCUCCGCACGCGCACUGAUGUUGUGACGUUGCUGAGGAAUGAAUCGUCGUUUCUGUAUGGCAAGCAGCCGGCUGGCAAGGUUCCAAUCUACGCGCUGGUGAAGAACUGUGAAGAGCCAGGUAAGACGUCCAACUCCAUUGAGAGAACAAUACGAAGGCGCGAGAUAUUGUCCGCAGAGCUCUACCAGUCGCUUCAGACCAAUGAGUUGCCGUUGAGUAUCAAGCAAACCAUCACUAAAAUGACAACAUCAAUGCCAGAAGCGAAUAAUGACGAUGGAAAACUCAUUAAUGAUGAUAGCAGAUUGAGGAAGCAAGUGCACUUUCACGUGACCUAUUGGAUGUUUUAUCCUUUCAGCGAGGGAAAGGCCGUUUGUGUUCUGGAUCUUGGGUUUUUUGGUACGUGGCCUAUUCCGACAGUAGGGGGAGUCUGUCUAGGUAGACUCAAGGAGUAUGGUAAUCACGUGGGUGAUUGGGAACACAUGAGUCUCUACUUCAAGGGGGAUGAUUAUCCUGUCGCCAUGUACGUGUCCGCUCACGACGCUGGGGCAUUCUACCGGUACGACCUGAGGACUGGGACUUUCGUUUAUGAGAGCCAGGAGACGCGCAAGGGUAUUUUCCAAAAGCCCAUUUUCCCGGAACAUGUUUUCACUUCUGGCGGAUCGCAUCCUGUGUUGUUCAGUGCCAAGGGGUCUCAUGGACUGUGGACAGCACCGGGGAAGCACAAAUUCGUGAGACUACCGAGACUGUACGACGAGAGUGGAUUUGGAAUCGCUUGGCCCACGUGGAAGAGGCUGGAGGUGCUCCCCGAUGACGAGGCUGGAGGCACUCCUGCCUGGAUGAGCUUCAGGGGAAAGUGGGGGAAUCCCAGGAGCAAUUGUCAUCCUCUUGUCAGACUUGGGUUCAACAUCUGUGAGUUUGUGGAUGGACCGACUGGUAUUCCUACCAAAAAAGGACGAUUCCAAUGUUGAGUGGUUUCGUGAGAGAAACUGUUGAUUUUUUAAAUUUUUAUUAGUCUUUGUUUUUUUGUAAUGAAUAGUGAUUUUUUUAGUCAUGGAUAAUAAAUUAUGGGAUAGGUUAUUGUUGCAAAAGGA